GCGGAGUCAGGGACUGCAGCCAGGAGGAGGCGGGACGGCGCAGGGGGCAGCGAGGAAGCGCCCCGGGAGCGUCCGCGUGGCCGUGACUGGCAGCGCGCGCGCGCGCGCGGCCCUAUACAGCACCUGACAACCCAUGGUAACCCUGGGCCCGUGGCGGGGCGAGUCUCCCGCAUCGCCGGGGUAACAGGCCGUUCUCCACGAUCGUUCCUAGAGAGCCGGGACACCGCGGUCGCCAUGGAGCGGCUGAGCAUAUCCCCGGGAGCCGCCGCUGCCGUGGACGAGUACUUGGAGUACAGAAGAGUGGUUGGUGAAGAUGACGGAGGGAUCCUCUUUACUCCUGAAGAGUAUGAAGAAUAUAAAACGAAAGUCCUUCCCAUGCGGUUACGAAACAGAUUGUACGUGAGCUGGCGAUCACCAACAGGCAUGGACUGCAAACUUGUCGGCCCGGAAACUUUAUGUUUCUGUACACACAGGUAUAAACAACAUAAAACGGAUUUUGAAGUCAUUCCACCAGAACGCCCAAUUUCCUUGCCUUGCAAAGUGAGCCAAUGCCCUUGCAGUGCCUUUUACUAUGUACCUUUAAAUGGAACUCAACCCAUUCGGUGCAGGUGUAAACAUUUUGCUGACCAACACAGUGCAGAUCCAGAACGGGCUUGCAGGGCAUGUACCAAAUGCCCAGGAUUUCAUAGUUACUUCACUUGUGGUUGUGGCCAUCCCACAUAUACACACGAGACCAUAGUGGAAACAAAGGAGGAGAGGCUUGCCCUAGGAAAGCCAGUGGGACAGGAUGUUCCUUAUGCUGCAAUGGGAGGAUUAACAGGAUUUAGUUCAUUAGUAGAAGGCUACAUGAGACUUGAUGACAGCGGAAUAGGUGCACCUUCACUUGAAGCUUUAGGAUCUCCAGUGAUUGCCAUGGACCACCCUUUCCUACGAGCACAUCAAGGGCCAUCUAGUUCUCUUCAAGGUACAAGUAAUCAAGACUCUUCCUUAAGGAGACCCGAUGAGGAUGACAUGGCUUACUUUGAACGGCGUUACCAAGAAAGGCUGAAAAUGGAAAAGGCUGCAAAGAAGAAAACAGCAGGGGCCUUGCCAUCAAAGAUGAAGCAGAAGGAUGAAAAGAAAUGAAUAAAUGUAGCUGAAAUCCAUUGGUGCAAUAUAUAGAUGCGUUUCCCUGCACUGUGGAAUACUCAUACUGCAUUUAAAGCCAUUUUCAGCCUUUCUUUGGGCUCAUUUGUGAGGCUUAGGUUCCCUUUGCCAAAAUUAACAUGUGGUUUGUACCCAUCCUAGACCGACUCCCCCCAUCCCCCCGCAUCUCUUUCUCUUUAGCUUAUAUUCAUAUUAAAGAGUUUAGGUGCUUAAAAACAGCAAAAGGUUUCUAUCCUACAUCUUUGGUCUAAUCCUUUCAUCUCUCAGGAGAACAAUUGUUGAGGCGGCAAUGUGAGUAUUUUAAGAGUACGUAAAGGCAGCAGGGUGGCACAGUGCAUCGAGUGGCAGGCCUGGACUCAGGAAGACUCAUUCAUCUUCCUGAGUUCAAAUCCAGUUUCACUAGCCAAGUGACCCUGUUGGCCUCAGUUUCCUCAUCUGUAAAAUGAGCUGGAGAAGAAAUGGCAAAGCACUCCAGGAUCUUUGCAGAGAAAACCUCAGAUGGGGUUGGGAAGAGUUGGAUACGACUGGAACGACUGAACAAAAAAGACAGGUUUCACAUUCAGAAUUUAAAAAACUUCCAAACAUUUUGUAAAAUGCAUAAUUUCCCCUCUGCAGCAUCUUUAUUGAAUUAGUCUUUAAUUCAUUGAUGCAUUAUAUUUUAUUAUACAUGUUUGCUCUUUCUCUGAAGCUAAGAGUUUGUGCUGAAAAUCAAAGUUUUCAGGCAGCUGAGUUUAAAUUCCAAUUUUUGUUAUUAUAGCUGAGAAAUUAGGAAUGAAAACAGCUGCAACCAGUAAGGUGAAACAAAAAAAAAUGUUCUUUAUUGAUUUAGAAUCCGGUGAUGCCUUAAAUGUGCCCUUUGAUUGUUCCCCAUUAUGUGCUCAUCUGAUUUUGACGGUCUUUUUUUUUUUUUUAAACUAUAAGCUCUAGGGUUGCUGUCUAAAUUUAGGAGCAUCUUAGACAUCUUUCAGAACCACACAGGGCUCAGGAGGUACAUUUUGAUUGCUAAGAUAGCAGGGGAGCCAGUGGAAAGCCUUUUGCCUCAUUCCUGGGGUUGUCAACACAAUCCUUCUGCAAUAAGUUGGCAUCAAAUAUGUAGGGUUCAAGAAUGAGGGAAAUGGCAAAACUGAGUUAAUCAACUUUCAAGUUGGGAAAAUAAUGAAUUAAAAGUACAUCUUGAUACUUAGAUUGGCUGAAUAGAACAAGAAGUUGUCUCUAAAAUGUGUUGUCAGUAACAUGCUGAGAUGUUAUUUAGGCUUGUCAAAUUCUGGCCCUCUGGCCCCCCAAGGACUUCAAUUACUGGAAAUAAUUUAGUAGGGUUUUUUGUUUUGUUUUGUUUUAAGCUUUUAGGGCUUUUUAGAUUUGAUGUAGAAAGUCUUAGUUGAACAUUCAUCAGGACAUCUUACUUUUAGCUUUGAGAAAAUGAGAUGAUAAUAACAACUCACAUUUAUCCUGAACUUUGAAGUUCAAAGAACACUUUUCUCUUGACAACUUUAUGGGACAAAAGGUUCAGUUAGACAAGUAGAAAUUGACUCCAAGUUUUUAACCUUGGUUUCUUCCACCCUAAAUCAAGCAGUCUUUCCUCCUCCACUUUGGCAAGAAAGCACUAUGAAAAAGUAAAAAAAGUAGCCCUGGAGAAGUAAUAAUGUAUAACAUGGUUAGUUAAACAUUGAUGUUGAAGAGUUUGUUACAAAGACAUUUUUUCACAUGCUCAAUUACUGUAAAAAUGAAAGUAUUUUUGACUAAAACUUUUUCAAAUAAAAAUUAUGAUUUGGUUACUAA